AAAAAUUGAUAUUUAAUGGCUAGUGUGAACAGAUGUAUGCCGCUCGACUAAUGAGCUAGAACAAGCUGCACCUUCUCUCGUCCGAUAAUCGUCCACUUGCUUUGAUACGUUCACCGUUAUAUACUUGAGGGAAUCCCAUUUUAGUGCUAGGUCAGGUUUCCCUUUUCCAACGCAAAUGGACGGGUUAGGUGCGACGACAACAAACCAACAACAACAAGGCUUUCCCGUUCGCAACCGCAUCUUUGCAAGGCUGAUCGACGGAGUCGUUACAAACUUUGUUUGGAACCUCUACUUGGACCAUCUGCUGCUAGUCAUCACCCAGAUCGGCACUGUUGGCACCGUCAUUGCCGCCAGGCGCGACGCCAGCUUCGAGGGGCGCAGCACCUACAGCACCUCCGUGGUGGUGGGGCGGCGGGAGGACCCGGGGGUGGAGCUGGCGGCUCGGCAGCUGGUGCAGGCGCUAGGGGAGAUGGGGUGCAGCAGGCCCAUCACGUUGUGUCUGGGAGUCCGGGAGCUGCAGCCCGCCUGCGUACGGCAGCUGGUGGCGGCGGUACGGCAGGACAACGUGUGGAGCAGCUGAGGGGGCGGGGGGAGGGGGGGGAGGGGGGGGGAGCAGGGGUUAGGUGGAUGGGGUGUGGGCUCAGCUGAGAAGGACUGGGCUUGGGCACAAAGGGCUUGGGCCGGAUGGUUUCGGUUCGCUGGGUUGGGGGCGCCCGUCGGGCUGCCCGCUGGUGCCGCAUGUGCUGUGUUGUGGUGGCAGGGGGCUGCAGCGGCGGCGUUUGGAAAGGAGGCAGCAGUGAUGGUUUGUAGCAAUGAAGCAGAGGGGCAUCUGUCAUGAGAGGGGGUUUGGCAUGGUGUCAUCAGCGGCGAGGCGACAGUUGGGAACCCCAAGCCGGCAGGGCCGGUGCAGGAGUGGAG